UAACCUGCAGAGCUUUUAACUUUUUAACCAGACACAAUCAUCAUGUCUUCCAACGAGUGCAUUGACUUCCACGGCCUUCUCUUGCCCCCUACGGCUCACAGUGCGGAGAGCCUGAAGUAUGCCCAAAGUUUCUCUGUGAAAGACUCCGAUGUGUUUGCUGUGACUUACCCCAAGUCAGGUACAAUCUGGAUGCAAGAGAUCCUCCCACUGCUGCUGAAUGGGGGCGAUCUGACGCCGAUCCAAACCAUUCCUAACUGGGACAGGGUCCCCUGGCUGGAGCAGGGAAGACUGGCAGUGGUUGUGGAUCAGCUGCCUUCUCCACGGGCGCUGGUCACUCAUUUUCCCUGCCACCUCAUGCCCCCAUCCUUCCACACCUCCAAAGCCAAGGUAAUCUAUGUCAUGAGGAACCCUAUGGACAUCUUGGUGUCUUCAUACUACUUCCAUCAGAUGGCCGAAUUCCUUAAGGAUCCAGGAACCUUUGAUACAUUCGUGGACAAAUUUCUUGAGGGCAGAGUGAUGUUUGGAAAGUGGACAGACCAUGUGAAGAGCUGGAGAGGCACAGACCUGGGAGACAGAAUAAUGUACGUCACAUAUGAAGAAAUGACUCAGGACCUGCCUGCAGCUCUCAGGCGCAUGUCUGAUUUCCUGGGCCGUAAUCUGAGUGAAGGAACCAUCCAGAAGAUAGCAGAACACUGCUCCUUCAAGGCCAUGAAGAACAACAACAUGUCCAACUUGAGCCUGGUCCCUAAGAUGUACAUGGACUCAGACAAAUCUCCAUUCCUCAGGAAAGGUGUUGCGGGAGACUGGAAAAACCAUUUCAGCCCAGAGCAGCUGGCCAGAUUCACAUCGGCCAUUCGCAAAGAGCUGGAGAACGAGAGCUUCACUCUGCCAUGGAGCCUGGAUUGACCAUCGACCAGAGCAAAGACAGAGAUGGAAAGAGCUGUAGAAAUAAAGUCAAGGCAAGUAGUUUGCUGCUAACUUGACCAAA